UCCUCAGAUAUAAUUAUAAGGCUUCACUGAAGAAUCAGUUCCAUAUCAUUUGCAGCUGCGCUACAAUGUCGCGACCAAUACCCAUUGAAGAAAUGGUGAGAGUGUUCAAAUCACGUCACAGAACAAGUCAUUUGUUCAAGAUAGACAACUUCUCGUUGUUCAAAAAGUACCAACUCGAAAAGGUCAAUUCAUCUGUUUUCGAUCUCGGUGGUCACAAAUGGACACUUUGUGUGUUUCCAAAUGGGCGUAAGAAUGCAAGUGGUCAUUAUGUCUCUAUCUUCUUAAUGAGCCAAGCUUCGGUAAAUGUAAAGAUCGAAUAUGAACUCUUUGUCGUCAGUCAACUAGAGCAAAAAUGGGAAUCUUAUGGCCACAGAGAAUUCGGUAUCUAUCCAAAACCGACUGGCAAGGGGAAUUCAAAACUAAUAUCUCUUGUUGAUCUUGAGAGGAACGGGUACCUUAUUGGAGACAGUUGUAUGUGUGGUGUCAAGCUUCAUGGGAUUGAACCUGCCGAAUCCGGAACUGCUGAAUGUUUUAGCUUAAUUGAGAAGCCUCUCAACCACAAAGUUACUUGGAUGAUGACCAGGUUCUCGUCUUUCGACCCUGAGAAGGCUCAUCAUUCUCAUGAAUUUGUCGUUGGAAACAGGAAAUGGAGAAUUCAAGUUCAUCCAAGAGGGUUUGGGGAGGAAAAGGACGAAUCAUUUUCUGUGUAUCUGUUAGGUGAGGGGUUCAUCAACAAUGCGUCGAAGACAAAGACUUACGCAAAAUUUAAGCUGAGGGUAUUGGAUCAAGUUAACCGCAAUCAUGUUGAGAAAACAUGCUCGGGUUGGUUGGAGACAUCUAAGGGCUUUGCAGACUUCAUGUGUCUGACGAAACUUGUUGAACCUUAUCUGGUGAAUGAUAAGCUAUACGUGGGAGUUGAUUUUGAAGUCGUUUCUGUGGCUACAUAUUGCUAACUCGGCAGCUUCUUGCCUAUUAUAAGUCAUGUUGUGAACUACUAUACCAAUAAGUGAUAUAAUGUAAUGAAUAAGAUCCAGAGAAUAUACUUUUGGAGAACUUCCAGCUAUCAAGGAGAC